AUGACUUCUUGGUGCCUAUUUGAGGCCAUUGCUGAUGGGGAAAGGGAUUCUCUGAGAGCUGGAGCCUGCGGAGCCAGCGGAUGCUGUUUUGAGGACCCCCCAUACCCAGACAUGGACUCAGGCUUAACCUCAGGCCCCCGGAAUCUGACCUGCUACCGGAUAUUCAAUGGUGCCGGCUACGAGUGUUCCUGGCUGUACGAGGGCCCCACGACCGGGGUCAGCCACUUCCUGAGGUGCUGCUUCAGCCCUGGGCACUGCUGCUACUUCACCGUGGGCUCAGCCACCACGCUGCAGUUCUCUGAUCAGGACGGUGUGCCCGUGCUCCGCACUGUCACUCUCUGGGUGGAGUCCCGGGUUGAGAACAGGACAGAGAAGUCGUCUAAGAUUUCCCAGAAGCUCUACAGCUUGGUUAAAUAUGACCCUCCUCUGGGAGAUAUCAAGGUGUCCGGGGCAGCAGGGAAGCUGCUCAUGGAGUGGAAGACCCCAACCCACCAGGACGGCGCUGAGGUGCAGUUCCGACAUCGGACAUCUGGCAGUCCUUGGAAGUUGGAGCUCAUGCUCAUUCUCAGCGAGGCUAAGCUGGCCCCGGCCACCUCACCUGUCUCAUGUGUCCUCUGA